AUGGGCUCGAAAAGGUCAAUUUCUGGCCAGAGCGAGCUCGAGAACUUCGGAGCGAAAUACGCUCGGAUUGAUGAAUGUGGAUGGACUGGCGUGAAUGAGCGCACGUUCAUCGCUGUGAAGCCGGAUGGAGUACAGCGGAAACUCGUCGGUGAAAUUAUCCGCCGGUUCGAGCGCAAGGGUUUCAAACUGGUGGGCCUCAAACUCGUGCAGGCCUCUGAGGAGCAGCUGAAGGAACACUACUGGGAUUUGAGGGAGAAACCUUUUUACAAAGGCCUUGUCAAUUACAUGAGCUCUGGACCUAUCGUUGCUAUGGUAUGGCAGGGACUUGACGUUGUAAAGACGUCUAGAAAGAUGAUGGGUGAGACCAAUCCGGCAGACUCUCUUCCUGGGACCAUUCGAGGAGAUUACUGUGUGGAAGUGGGAAGGAACGUUAUCCAUGGCAGUGACUCCGUGGAGAGUGCCCAGAGGGAGAUUUCACUGUGGUUCCGGCAGCACGAGCUGAUCUGCUGGGAGGAGAGCAGUGAGCAUUGGAUCUACGCCUGAGCAUCACGUGCAAACACACACACACAAACACACACACACACAAACACACACACUUAUACAGCUACUAAUAACUCACAACAUACAUAUACACACACACGCACUUAUACACACAGCUUCUGCUGCCUUAAGUAGGUGAUGCAGCUGUAUGUAACUUUGGCAACAUGUUCAUUUUUAUAGGACGUAACAGCUUAUACUCUGUCCAAACUUGCAUUAAAAGGCAGGUUAGGAGGUUAUCAAUAUAUUGUAUAAGGAAGCUUUGCUAGCCAGCUAAUGCUAAUGUCAUUUGGUGCAUUUUCAUCAUCCCAGUCAUUGGGUAUAAGGGUAUCUGACAUAUUUAUUCUUCAAUUUUGUGUCCGUUUUAUUUACCAAAAUCAACUGAAUGUAUUGCACAGACAUGAAUUGUACAUAAUCAAGAGAAAAAAAACAAAGCAAUAAUGUGUUCUCACAAAACUUGAAUUCUGUAAAAUAAGCUAUUCCGUUGUAUGGGCGGGGCUUAUUUUGUCACCUCAUUGUGGAUGUGGCCUGUCUGCGGGCCUAGAAACCUGAGGUGAAAUAUCUGACACUAUUUCUCAGUCUUUGAGGAAAAGAAUAAAAACUAGUG